UCUCCCGUUGACAUUUCACAUGCUGCAGCUCCUGUUCAAUAACACUGCACACUGUUACAAGAUGAGGCGUGGGAGAGCGAAUUAAAAGCAUCAAAGCACAACUAUUUUUAAAGACAGUUUUGGUAGGGGGCUGUGGGAGGAUGUCACCGCUACUGAGGCUUCUCUCCGCCGCCGCUCUGCCCCUCCACAGAGCAGGAGGAGUCCGAGGAUUCCUCAGUGCCGUAGCCGCAGGACGAGUCUCCUCAGUCGGAUUCAGGAGUAGCGUUGCCCGGAAUUUGUGUCUGAAUCGAGCUGACUUCCUAUCCCGCCACAGACUUCGUUUAGCACAGAGAAGACUUUACUCCACAGAGCCCAAAGAUGGUAAGCCAAGUGGGGCCCCAGGAGGUGGAACAGGUGGACCAGGUGGAGGUCGAGGAAAGAAAGGAGGAGGGAAGGACUGGUGGAGCCGAAUGCAAAAGGGCGACUUUCCGUGGGACGAGAAGGACUUCCGUUAUAUGGCCAUCACUGUGGCCGGCGUCUGUUCUGUUCUGCUCUAUUUCAAUUUCAGAGAUAGUGGCCGAGAGAUCAGCUGGAAGGAUUUUGUACAUCGCUACCUCGGCAGAGGAUUGGUGGAGCGAUUAGAAGUUGUAAAUAAACAAUAUGUCAGGGUAAUUUUGAUACCAGGAGCUGAUACUACGAAUUAUGUGUGGUUCAACAUUGGGAGUGUGGACACGUUUGAGAGGAACCUGGAAGCAGCUCACUCAGGACUGGGCUUAGAACCAUCACACCGGCCUGCCGUGGUCUACAGCACAGAGAGUGAUGGAUCAUUUCUAAUAAGCAUGGUCCCCACGCUGUUGCUGAUUGGUUUCCUGCUUUUCACUCUACGGCGAGGACCAAUGGGAGGAGGCCCGGGUGCGGGGAGGGGCGGGCCUUUCAGCAUGAGCGAAUCUACUGCUAAAAUGUUGAAGGAUAAUAUAGACGUGAAGUUCAAAGAUGUAGCUGGGUGUGAGGAGGCCAAGUUGGAGAUCCUGGAGUUUGUGAACUUCCUAAAGAACCCACAGCAGUACCAGGACCUGGGAGCCAAGAUUCCCAAGGGUGCAGUGCUGUCUGGUCCUCCAGGUACAGGGAAGACACUCUUGGCCAAAGCCACAGCUGGAGAGGCCAAUGUCCCUUUUAUCACUGUCAAUGGAUCUGAGUUUCUGGAGAUGUUUGUGGGAGUGGGACCUGCCAGGGUAAGAGACAUGUUUGCGAUGGCCAGGAAGAAUGCGCCUUGUAUCCUGUUCAUUGAUGAGAUUGAUGCUGUCGGGAGGAAGAGAGGAGGAGGAAACUUUGGAGGUCAAAGUGAACAAGAGAACACUCUGAACCAGCUGCUCGUAGAAAUGGAUGGCUUCAACACUGCUACAAAUGUGGUGGUCCUGGCUGGCACUAACCGCCCAGACAUCCUGGACCCGGCUCUGAUGAGGCCGGGGCGUUUUGACAGACAGAUCUUCAUAGGGCCUCCGGACAUCAAGGGAAGAGCGUCCAUUUUCAAAGUCCACCUACGGCCAAUCAAACUGGACCCCAGCCUGGACAAGGAUGCCCUCGCCAGGAAGAUGGCUGCUGCUACGCCGGGCUUCACAGGAGCCGAUAUUGCUAAUGUCUGUAAUGAGGCUGCACUGAUCGCUGCCAGACAUCUGAACCCAGCCGUCAAUGGCAAACACUUUGAACAAGCCAUUGACCGAGUUAUAGGAGGUCUAGAAAAGAAAACCCAAGUGCUGCAGCCCACAGAGAAGAAGACUGUGGCGUAUCAUGAAGCGGGCCAUGCCAUAGUGGGCUGGUUUUUAGAGCACGCCGACCCUUUGCUCAAGGUGUCAAUCAUCCCACGGGGUAAAGGUUUAGGUUAUGCUCAGUACUUACCCCGGGAGCAGUACCUGUACAGUAAGGAGCAGCUGUUUGACCGCAUGUGUAUGAUGCUGGGAGGGCGAGUGGCAGAGCAGGUCUUCUUUGGGAGAGUCACCACCGGAGCACAGGAUGACCUCAAGAAGGUCACCCAGUCUGCGUAUGCUCAGAUUGUACAGUUUGGGAUGAGUGAGAAGGUGGGCCAGUUGUCGUUUGACCUGCCUCGUCAGGGAGAGAUGGUCCUGGAGAAGCCCUACAGCGAGGCCACAGCUGAGAUGAUCGACCAGGAGGUGAGGGAGCUUGUGGACCGCGCCUACCAACGCACGCUUCAGCUCAUCCAGGACAAGAAGGACAUGGUGGAAAUGGUUGGGAAGCGUCUUCUGGAGAAGGAGGUGCUGGACAAAGCAGACAUGGUGGAACUGUUGGGCCCACGUCCCUUUGAGGAGAAGUCCACUUAUGAGGAGUUUGUGGAAGGGACUGGCAGCUUUGAGGAGGAUACGACUUUACCUGAAGGUUUAAGGGACUGGAACCAGGAGAGAGGAGCCACGGAGGAGAGCGAGGACAACAGCCAAAAACAACAGGCUGUAUAACAUGGACAAACACAGAUCACAGAUCAAGUAUACAGUACUCUGCACAGAGCCUGGGGAUGUCAGGAAGUACUCUGCUUAAUGUGUGUUGACACUAUGCUUUUCAAUUUCAUGUUUCAUCUUUCAUAUUCUAUCAUAUGCAACCAUUCUGAAAGAUAAGCUUUAUUUAGAUAUACAAAUAACAUAGAUUGGUCAAACUAAUGGAAAUUAUUUAAUUUCUGCGAUAAAGAAAUAUUCUGAGGGUAUUAUAUGAAAAUAUAAUAAUAAUAAAGUAAUACGCAUUUUAAAGGUGCACUAUGCAGCUUUUUUGGUGGAGGGUCUGUCACACGCUUGUCUCCAUGGAGAUGUUCUUUUUUUGCCUCGGCUUUCCCACAUUAAGGCUUUUAAGUUAUCUUUCGAUAUAGAAAUUCAGGUGAUGCCACCAGGCCAAGUAUAUAGGUCAGAUCUGUUGAGAGGUGUGCUCCUGUAAGAAUGCAUGUUUUUGAAAGGUGUUUUUUAAAUAAAGAAACACCACACUCACCAUACUGUGGAACAGCCAACCAAGUACGUGACAUACAUUCCAUUGGAAAAAUUGCAUAAAUGCGUCAUGAAAACAUCCAUAUCCCACUAUGAAAAGUGGAGCAUAUCACCUUGGUUAUUGGUGUUACUCUAUAUUAGCUCAUAUUAUUCGCUUACAAUGCAGUAUUUCAGUGCAUAAUGUUACAAAUAUAAGACCGGUAGUCAAAUCAACAAUAAAACAUUUUCCAAUAUUCUACAAGAUUUUGUCCUGAUGUCAACCAGGCUCUUACCCCCGAUACUUCAAAUGCCUUAAAAUGAAUCAACCAACAGCAGUGUCCUGUUCCAAAUCUCUCACAGUGAUAUUGUGAAUGAACUGAAUUCCUUUAGUUUUUUGUAUUUAUUUUAUAUAAAGUAAAUAUUUGAAACAUGCAGCCCACGUGUCUGCAGGAGUAUCCGAGUAUUUUUACAAAGUGGAUUCCAGUGACAUUUUAUCGUGGCUGCGGUUUCCUAUGUGACCUGUCCACACUGGUUUGGAGCUCCAUUGUAUUUGCUGUUUCUGUGACAAAGAAGCUGCUAAACAUCACCAUCGUUUUGACUGAUCUAAAAAGUGUCAUGAGCCCUAAAUGUACGAAUAAUUUAAUAAAAGCUCUUACAGAAUUUGUAAGCUCUCUUUUUAGACAGAAGAGUGGGUUACUUCACUGCAUUUGGUUGUCUUAGUCAAGCUAGUUUGAAAAAUGUGUCUUAUAGUUUGUCUUUGUCCAAAGAUAAGCACAUUUAAAUAUUAUAACACAAUUGAAACAUCUGCCUGUUGAGUGUAUACAUUUUAACUAAACAGUUCAUGUAAUAUGUGAAGGGUCUGCCCACUUGCUUGCCUUUAGUCAUGGAGUAAUUUUUUUGGAAUGCUACACAGUAUAACUUUAUACGCAUCUUAUCUCCAGGGAGACAAGCCACCAGGUCAGAUUACUGGUUAGAUCGGUGGAUAGAAGACACAUGUACAUGUUUUUAGGUAUGUGCAAUAAAAACACCUGUGAUUGAAGAAAUGCAAAAAUAUAAGCUUAAUGCCAUAUUGUGGAACAUUCAGGCAAAGCAAAGACAUCUCCAUAGUGGCUACCAUUCAUUUGAGAAGUUACUGAGUGUACCAUUAAGUCUACUGAAUAUACAUGUUGCCUAUGUUUUGCGUCCUCUUAAAUUACCCUUUGUGGAACAUGAAUCAGAACCAUACAUUAACUUAAAAAAACCCCAAAAAACUAGUUGGACAAAAUCUGAAAUAAUAAUACACAGAAUAGAAGUAUUUCUUUAUUUUCAUACUCUUUUUUUUUUUUUUUUUUUUUUUUUAGCACCUAAACAAAACACCAUCUGGAGGAUUCUGACCAAAGCUUUAGCACAUUCAUGUCUCUAAAAUCUCACUUAAAGGCAACAACCCUGCAUUUGUUUUACCAUAUUCUCAUAUCAAUAAUUGUUUAGCUAUUUUUAAAUAUUUGGUAUAAUAUAAUAUGAUGCAAUUGUUAAGGAUUUUUAAAUAAACUUACUUGAAUACACUGUA